AUGCUCCAUAUUAAAGCGACCUAUUUCGUAGCUAAUGAGUUUAAAGAACUAGCGCAAAUGUGUUUUACGAAUAAUUCAAGUUCGGUGGUGAUCUCCGAGGAUUUACUGGGCAACGAUUGGGAUCCAGGUGGAAACUCCAUGAUUAUCAUUGAUCGUAAAUUCAAGAAGCAGAUCACUGGUUUCAUGUCUGCAUACCCAACGUACGUACUCUCAUUCGAUACGAUGAAAAAUCUGAAGAUGACCCUGGAACAUUUACAACAAUCGACAAUAUGGAGCAUUAAAUCGCCGUUUUUGAUUGUCAAAUCUAAAUCUCAGCGCGCAAACGCUAGAAAAGUACUAGAAUUUAUGUGGCAGCAGGAUUUGUUGGCUGCUUACUACAUAUGUAGUGAUGAAGAUUCGACGAAUGUUUUUACCUUGAAUCCUUUUAAAAGUUACGCUCCAGCGCCGUGGGUCAAUCUGGACAAACUUAGCGGGAAUAAUACAAAAACGGCACUAUUCGCUUUAAAAAUAUGUGAAAGUAUAACUUUCGACAAGGCUCAAGAAUUGAACGGACAUGAAAUUAAUGUAGCAUUUUUUUUUGAUUUCAAGAAUGUUCCUCCCGAUAAAAUCAAUAUCGAAUUAUCUAAGACCGGUAGAAAAAUUCAUUCUAUAGAGACUCUAUUAGCCCAUGUUAACGCCGAACGUAGAUCGCAUUUUUUUCCUAGAUCUAUUAAAUCCAGAUCUUUCUUAAACGGAUACUUAAACCAAUUAGUUGACAAAACGGGUGAUGUUAUGGGCAAAACACGCCAGUUAGCAGAUACCAACUAUAAAUACAUGGAUAUAAUAACAGCAUAUAAUGAAGUUGAAUUUUCGAUUCUCACAAAAAAGUCAAACUAUUUAGAGGCGGUCAGUCAAGUUACUUGCAAUUAUCAAUUUCUGUUUUUGACCGUCUUUGUCUUGAUAUUGAUAGCAAUCAUAGUGAUGAUUAACAACAAAUUUGAUAUUAGUGGUAGUAUUAUGUACGUUAUGAACUUGACGGCGGGCAUGGGAGUUCUCAUACCGCUGGAUCGGUUGUCAAUGCGGAUAAUCUACCUCUUCGGGUUCGUGUUCAUCUUUACGGUGAUGCCUGAUUUCCAGGGCCAAGUGUCUGCGAUACUGUCAAAACCGUUGAUGCGCAACGUCGAAUCCUUGAAAGACCUUUACGAUAACAGGUACUACGUUUUCUAUGAUGGAACGUUACACAACGAUAUGGUAAACGAAAAGCUGUGGGUUAUUGAUGAAGACAAACAAUAUUUAAAAAAAUCAAAUUUUUCCGAACUAGUCAAAUGCGCAGUCGAGGCACAAUUUAAUGCUUCGAUUGCUUGUAUUGAGUCUAGGAUUGAUCAGUUGCACUAUUCCUCGAGAUCCAAACAAUUGCAUGUAUCAAAAGACGUGAUUUUCAAAAAGUAUUAUAUACAUUGGUCGAGAAAAAAUUGGAGUAUCAAGGAUAAAAUCGAUAGAGCAAGUUUUGCAUCAUGUUGA